AUGACCAUCAACAAGGCAAUGUGUGACUUAGGGGCUAGUAUCAAUCUGAUACCUUCCUCUCUAGUGAAAAAGCUAUGCAUAGAAGAAAUGAAACCAGUACAGAUGUCCUUAGAAUUGGUGGACAAGUCAGUGAUAUGUCCCAGGGGUGUGAUUGAGAACCUUCUAGUAAAGGUAGACAAAUUCAUAUUCCCUGCUGAUUUUGUGGUCUUAGAUUCAGAUGAAGAUGAAGGUGAUUCCAUCAUAUUAGGAAGACCAUUCUUGGCCACUGCUAGGGCCAUUAUAGACGUAGAGAAAGGAGAGUUGACUCUCAGAAUGCAUGAUGAAAGCGUCACCCUGAAUGUAUUUCCGAAAACACAACUCAUUGAUGAAACGAAGGAGUGCAUGGAAACUGACAAAGAAGACUCACAGUGGAAGGAAGGAAUCAGCAAGAUGAUCAGUAGUUAA